GGGGUAUAGAGGGAGCUGUGAGGAGCUGACAGGGACAGAGGGACAAGGGGGGAGAGAGAGAGAGAGCUACAGAGCGAGAGAAAGUGAGAGGCAUCGAGAGACUGACCCGAAAAACACAGGAGAGUUGGCCAUAUAGAAAAAGUACUAAUAAUUAAGAGGUAGAGAAAUAAUAGCUGUUAUUAGAGAGAAUUCUAGGAAGAAAGUGAGAGAGGGAGAAAAAAAAAAAAGAGAGAACGGAGAAAUGGAAAGAGAGUCAGGUUGAGCCAGACACGAUCACGCAGCGACACAGGGACAGCGGCAACUUCCAACGCCGCCGACACCAGCCGGAGGGCGACGGGAAAGUGAUGCAGCGGAGAACAAACACCCAAUACAGUGAGCGCUUCUCCUACCAGCUAUCACAAUACUGAGCGCACCACCAAGAGAGACCCCCAGGGGCUUGCGGAUUAAAGGAGACCCCUCUGGAGUGUGCCGGGGAUAAGUGGAUAGGAGACGACCCCAUUGAAGGGCAGCACGAAGUCAAAAGUUGAAGAAGAGACUCUAACUCGCUUAGAAGAAGCAACAGAGCGGGGCAGUAACAGAGUCUCCAGCCCAGUGACUUAUCCUCGCUAUUACCCCCUUUUAUUUCAGCAUGGCGGGGGGCUUCUAUAUGCUCCUGUUUAUGGUCUCCCUACUUUCCUGGCUUGGGGGGCUUCAUUGGUCGGUCGAUGCCAAAGGCACCUAUUUCCCCCCUCCAGCCACAGGAAGGUUUAUCCACAAUUUGUACACGUCCGGUUCUCACCCCCAAAUCCAGCAUCACGGCAAACCCGCUGGAAAGCACAGGAAUUACUGCAUGUACGUCGUUGAAAAGAACAUAACGUGCACUCUGCAGGAUGGGAACGAACCGUAUAUCAAGGCCGAGUAUAUGAAAUGUGCCUGGGGGCCGAAGUGUCCAGGAACCGUCAUGUACAGAACAUUCUUCCGACCCAAGUACAAGGUUGGCUACAAGGUCGUGACUGAGCUGCAGUGGCGCUGCUGUCCGGGACAUUCGGGGGACUCGUGCCAAGAUGGAUCCAUCCCUCAGCCUGGCCUAAUGCCACCCUACGUGGGUCCCAAAGCAGCCCCAUCGCAGAAGCUUUUCCCUCCUCCAAAGAGCCCCCCAACUUACUCCAAGCUGCAGUCGGAGACUCUUCCCAACAUCCCUUCACAGCCCAAGAAAACGGGAUAUGGUCGAAAGUUGCCUCCCAUGUUUGGAGAACGUUUGGACCGCGUUGAAGAAGAGGUCCGUCAGUUAUCUCAGUCCUAUGAGAACCUUCAGGGAGUGGUGAGCGGCCUUGGGGAUUCUCUCCGUCUUGCCAUCCAGGAGGACACCAACAAAAUGAUUGGCUCGCUGGUGAGCGCACCCAGUUCUUCUUCCCAAGCAUCUGUUGGAUUUGGGGUGAUACCAGAUGCUGUUGCCGAAGCUCCCCAUAUAUCUGGGGAUCUGUCAGGUCGUGUGGCAGAAGUCAGCGAGAUGCUACGUUCUAAAGCAGAAUUAUUGGAGGAGGUAAAUGGGAUGGUUAUGGGGCAUGAGGCGCAACUGCAACACUUACUGGAAGCAGCAAGACCUUCACCGCUCACCUCCACUGAACUUCUGGAGCAGUUUCUAGAGAGCAAGUUGGCAGAGUCUCGUGCUCAGAUCCUGGAUGGACUGGAAGCCAGAUUGCUUAAGAUCCAAGGAACUUGUGAUGCCAAGAUACAGGCAGUGCAGAAGGAAUGCCAUGAUGCAGAAAGAGCAGCAGGGCAGAGAAUGCAGCAAGAAAUGGAUGGACGUGAAGUACAGUUGAAGAAGGAAAUAUCUGAAUUGGAUGCCAAAAUUCAGGGGCUCAUUGCACCUGAGGGCUGUUGUGGGCGUCUGGAGUCUCUUACCAAACGGGUGGAAGAACUAGAACAUGCAAUGCGCCAACUGACUGAGGAGCAGCGUACCCUCAGCCAAAGAUUGGACAUGGAGUUGACAAGGCUUGUGUUUGAACCUCAGGUUGGUGUGAGAUUUGAGGAGGUGGAAGCCAGACUUAACCUCACCGAGGAAGGUGUCAGGAGAUGCUGCCAAGAGGGAAGUGAGAAAGGCCAUCUACUCGCGGAAAUGGAUGGGGUAAGAGCCUCUGUGGAUGACAAAGUAAGACUACUGGAGGAAAGACUUCUCACCGUUGUGGGAGAACUUAGCAAUGCCACAAACCCACUAGCUGUCGAUGGAGCUGUAAUGCCCCUGCUGGAAGCCCAGCUUAGCGGGUUGAGGAGGGAGGGUUUGGAAGGCUUGGCAGGCAUGGAGAACCGGUUAACAGCUGUGGAGGAACUGUGCGCUGCUGGGUGUUCAGUACCUGGUGGAGAUUCCUUUUUGGAAAUCCAUAGUGAGCUUGCAAAGCAUCAAGAGGAGGACAAAGAUCUCCGUUCUCGAAUAGGCCGCCUUAAUAAUACGGUGUCCGAUAUCAAGAAGUACCUUCAGAGGCAGCACGAAGAUGCCCUUCAAGGUGAGAUCACCCUGUUGCAGGUUAACCUACGGAGUGUGGGGCGAUCUUUGCACGGCCUGGAAGAGACGGUAACCAGGUUUGCAGAUACCGUGGUCCAGGUGAAUUCAACAGCAGAAGAGCGUGGGAACCGGCUGACUGAAGAGCUGAAUUCCGUUCAAGGACAGGUCGAUGGGCAAAGCUCUCAAAUCCGCUCCAGCCGGGCACAGCUGCUUGGACUGCGAGGAGACAUGGAAAGGAUGAAGGCACGUCUUGCGGGGCAGAUUGGCAACUGUCAGCAGCUGGCCCGGGAUGUGAAGGGGGAGGUAGACAAAUUUGAACAACGGGUAAUUCAGGUGGAAAGCACUUGUGGAGGACAGGAGGUAAAUGUGGUUAGUUAUUUGGAUCAUGUCAAUAGCACAUUGGCAUCACAUGAGCACGAUCUGGCUGCCCUUAGGCACGAGCUGAUCAAAAUUAACCAGGAAACAUCAAGCCUUCCAUCGCCGCCAACCACUCGAGCUACCACUGGAAGGAAAAAAUACGAAUGAGAGACUUUAUGACUUGGGGAGAAAGGCUACGGGAAGCAAUAUGGGCCAAUGUGGCGGCAAUAAACCCCAACAAGCCUCAGUGGGGGCAUGCAGGAGGAUACAUAACAAAUAUAGGACUUUAUUUGGUUCUGGGGCAGCUAUAUUACUAACACUACCCUGUGCAAGGCCCUGGGGGCAGAAUCUAAGAUGGCGGGGAACACACAGGGAGACAUUUGGUGCUCGGGCAUUAUUAAUGUACUAUGGGGAGGGGGGGUCUGAUGACUUUCUGUAAAAAUGUCCUGUUUAUUUUGUUUGGUGCGCUGCAGGUGAUCGGUUACUGUCUCAUCCCGGUGUAUAUCUGAAAAUGACCAUGCCCUGUGAUGCUUUAUUAUUAACUAUUUGAACUCUUUUCAGUCUGCUAGCGGUUCCUUCAUGAGGACCGGGAUGUAAAGCCCAACCAUAGGUUGCCAUCACUGGUCUGUAUGCUGAUGAGAUUCUAGUAUGGGAUUUUACAAUAUUAUGUUAUUUAUUUAAGUUUGUUUGGGUCAAAACAAAUAUUAAAAAGUAUACUUGGUUUACCAAAAA